AUGUAAAAAGAAUAUCCGAAAAAUUAAGAUAUUAGUUAAUUUUUGAGUAUAUAAAAUAUUAAUUCAUCUUUAUAAAAAAUUAAUAAUUUAAAUGAAUCAAACGCAAGUUUAGAAAAAGAUUUGGAAGAGUUUUUUAAGGAUAAAAAUUUCAAUUAACAUCAGAAUAUUUUUGAAUAGUUAAAAAAUGAUUGUAGAGUAUAGUAAUAGAAUUAAUAAACUAAAAAAAAUGAAGAUGAAGAAGAAUAAUUGAAGAUUAUUUAAAAUCUAUAAAUCUUUGAAGAAGAGUAGCUAAUUUUAAAUUAAAAGCUUUAAAAAAAUCAUAAAUGUUAAUAAUGUUUUGAUAAAAAUUCUUAGAAAAACUUCCUCAUUUUAAAUUUUUAGGAAUAUAUUGGACUAGAGUUUGAUUAAAAACAUGAUAUUUUUAUUUCUAUUAAUUCCUAUAAUUCAGAAUAUUAUGUUGCUUAGCCAAAUGAUCAGGAUAAAAGUUUACCUUAAUAAAUAUCUGUUUCCUUAAAAAAAGUUAUCUUAACAAUAGAUCCUAAUUAAUUAGCUUAUUUAAAAAAUAUUAUUGAUGUUACUGAUAUUUAUAUUCGAUAAAGAAUAGAAGAUUUUAAGGAGUUUAUGUAAAUUAAAGGUUUUUCAGCAAAUUUUUAAGAUGAAAAAUAAUAAAAAGAAAAUAUAAUCUAAGAUAAUGAAAUUAUUAAUAAAAGAAUUUUUUAAAAUUUAGAAUUAUCUAUUCCUUCUUUCAGUAUAAUAAUGAUGCAUAAUGUCCCGUAUAAAAACUAAGAAAAAAUAUUAAAACCUGUGUUUUUAUUGAAUAUGUAGAAUUCUGUUUUUUCUAAAAUAAUAUAUAAAAAUAAUAAAUAAACUAAAUUUACUUCUAAAGAUAUCGCUUUAUUUGAUGUUAGUGAGAAAUCUGGAUUACUUACAUAGACUUUAGGUAAUAAAGAAGAUGAAACAAAUGAAUUUAGUUUUGAAAUGAUUUCUUCUGAUUCUGAAUAAUUUAAUUUAUUAAAUAAUUAUUCUUCCUAUAUUGGCUUAAAAUUAAAAAACAGUAAGAUAGUAUUUUUAAAAAGAAAUAUAAUGGAACUAUAAGUCUAUAUAAGGUAAUUUUUAGUCGAGGCUUUUACUAACAAAGCAUAGAAGAAAAUUCUUAAUUUAUAAAAUAAUACAGUAGACUUAUGA